GGUGUAUUCCAGUCAGCUUGAAGCGGAACCGUUUCCUGCUCCUGGGUCCGUGUCAGUGGAGACCAGCCCGGAACCAGAGACCAGCCCGGAACCAGAGUCCAGCCGAGCCGGGGGUCGAGCAGAGGCCCGGACACAGUGAGGAGGCUCCGUUACCGGAAACACCGGGACAACUCGGGAGGAUGGCGAAGACGUACGACUAUCUGUUCAAACUGCUGCUGAUCGGGGACAGCGGCGUCGGUAAAACCUGCCUCCUGUUCCGGUUCAGCGAGGACGCGUUUAACACCACGUUCAUCUCCACUAUCGGAAUUGAUUUUAAAAUCAGGACGAUAGAUUUUGACGGAAAGAAAAUCAAACUUCAGAUAUGGGACACGGCGGGUCAGGAGAGGUUCAGGACCAUCACAACAGCCUAUUACAGAGGAGCCAUGGGCAUCAUGCUGGUGUAUGACAUCACCAACGAGAAAUCCUUCGACAACAUCAGGAACUGGAUCCGGAACAUUGAGGAGCACGCGUCCUCCGACGUGGAGCGAAUGGUUCUGGGAAACAAAUGUGACAUGAACGACAAGAGACAAGUGUCCAAAGAACGAGGAGAGAAGUUGGCGAUAGAUUACGGAAUCAAGUUUUUAGAAACCAGCGCAAAGUCCAGCAUCAACGUGGAGGAGGGCUUUUUCACACUCGCCAGAGACAUCAUGAUGAGACUGAACAGAAAGAUGAACGACAAUAACCCACCAGGUGGCGCUGGUCCAGUGAAGAUCACAGAGUCUCGCUCGAAAAAGAGUUUCUUCAGGUGUUCACUGCUGUAGAUGGAGCCUUCGUCCUCCUCCUCCUCCUCCUCCUCCUCCUCCCUCCUCCUCCUCUUCCUCCUCCUCCUCCUCCUCCUCCUCCUCCUCCUCCUCCUCCCCUGCAGCAGGAGGAACAUCAGAACUGUGGAAACAUGAGGAACUAAACAGGCUCCUCCUCCUCGUCGCUCUCUCUCUGAAGAAGAGUUUGUAAAGAAAGAGAACGCAAGUGACGAUGAGGAGGAGGAUGAAGAUGCAGAGCUUUGUUUGAAGUUUUCAUGUUUUAAUAUUAUUUUCUUUCAUAGUUUAAAAGUUUCAGCACUGAAUUUAUUUUUCAAAGAUCGAAGCCUUAAAGGAUCAGAAAAUCAUUUUAUAGAUUUUAUUCAUAUAUAAACUUAGAAUUAUAUUUAUAAUUUUGAUUAAAUUAUGAAAAAGUAUGAUCAUUUAUUUUUAAAGUCUUUGGGUUGAAGUUCCAUCAGUUUUUAUGUUUCACUGUUGAAACGAGUUCACGGCAGGAAAAAUAAAAUUUAGAAAUUUAGAAGUCGAUCAUUUAAAAUGACUUUUGGAAAAUAGAGAAUCUAAACUAAAAAUUUACAAAGGUUAAAAGUUCUGAUUCUUUAAUCAGUUAAUUUUUGAAUUGAGUCAAACAUAUUUAUUUAUAAUUUCAAAUUUGAAACACUUACAUUUUAUUUCCAUUUAUUUAUUAUCGAUCAUAUUUCAUCUCGGAUUCAAUUUUUCAUCCAUUUUACUUCAGUUAAAUAAUCCUGGUCAUUAACGAUUUCUUUAAUAUGUCUUAACUGAAUUAUUUCAAUGACAAAACUAAAUUUAUAAAAUAAGAGUUAUGCUAAUAUACAUAUUAAUAGUUAGAUAUUUUUUAUUCAUAUAUAAUGAACAGACUGAAGAGAAAACAGUGAAGAAUUAAUAAUGAAAAGAAACGAGGACUGACAGUACUGAAGAAGAUGAAGGAAUCAAAUGUCAAACAGAAAAGUUAAAACUGCGUCGUCAUGAUAACGUUAUUAAUUAAUCAUAUAUUCGUCUCCGCCAUUUAACCCUUGAUGGCCGGGAUGAAGGUUGAGCUGGAGCCAAUCACAGCUGUUAUUGGGCGAGAGGCGGGGUUUGACCUGGUCUCCAGCGAAUCACAGGACAAACAUACAGAAACAAAGUUAUUGAUUAACUGAUUAUAAUAAAACAUUGGAAUGAUUAAUCUUCAUCUUCAUCAUCAACCUGUUUUAUUUUACUGUCGUCAUGUGACUGAAGGAAUUUAAAUCAUAAGGUGUUGAACUGUGUGACGUGUUUACAGACUCACUGCAGCAGUAUUAUUAUUAUUCAUCAACUAUCAACCAGUUCUAUUAUUAAUCAGUUAUUAUAUUAUCAAUCAUCUUAUUGUCUUUAUUAACUCGCGUCCUGCUGCUCUUUGUAUUUUUUAAUGAUGUUUCUAUCAAACUCAUUUUCAUUCAAGGUCACAUCAAUCAAGCUGAUCAAUAUUAUUAAAAAAUCUAUCAACCUGAUUAAUAUUAUUUUAAAAAACACUUAAUAUUUAUGUCUUUCAUUAAAAAUUCACCAGUAUUUUGUUUUUCUAAUACAUUAGUCUAAUCUUCACCUCCUGACUUCAAUAACCAUCGUUUAUGUCGUUCAUGUUUUUAUAAGAAACAAAACAAAGUAUAUUUUAUUUUUUUAACUUUUAUUUUGUUCUUCAGUGUUUUUUCUGUGAAAUGAGAGAAAGUUCAAAAUGAAGACUUUUAUCAUAAAGUCUAGAAACUGUUUGAUCAGCUGAUCGAUAAGAAUCUGCUUCAUUUCAGCUUUUUCUCUUUUUACUGAUUAUUUUCUGUUUCAUUAUAAAACUUUGUUUUUUAAUUUGUUUAAAUGUUUUUAUUUUCACUUGGUAACUAUUCUAUGCAAAAAUGUCUUAUAAUGAUAAAAAGUGUCGAUGUUUAUAUUAUUGAAGAAAAUUGUCACUUUUAUUUUCACAUUAAAAUCUGAGUCUGAUAAAGUCUGAGAUUUUUACACAGAAAACUUUUACUUCAAAUAAUUUUUUGCUUCAGUUUCAUUCAAAUCUAAAAAUUGAGAAUCAACAGAAAAUCUGAAAAUGGAAAAUGUAUUGAUCCGUGCAGAUUCUUUCCUGAGACAUAAAUUCAUCCAGGAGCUGAAUGUUUACACGUUAGAAUGUUUUCUUUUUAUUGAUCCUGAUUUUUUUGUGUAAAAAUCUGUAGAUUUACGUGUUUUUCUUGGAGUGAAAAGUUUUCCGGAAGCUUUAAUUGUGAAAAGAAAUCACUGUGGACGUUUGCGCUCAUCAUCGCUGUGGUGACCUUUGACCUCCACUUCCUGUUUGUGAUGUCACUGCAACUGAUUGUACAAAAAAUGAAAUAAAAGACUUUUUCUAUCAACUUCA